AUGGCAAGGAUAAUCAGUGAUAAAACUGAACUGAAUUCCUUUCAGGUGUUGAUCUGCGCUGUUAUCGGCAUGGCCGUCGCUUUGCCAGUCAGUGAUGAGUCGAAGGCUCAGGUCAUCAGCCGCAAGGACGAUGUGCGCGCCGAUGGCUUCGAUGCCUCCUUGGAGACCGACAACAAGAUCUCUCGCGCCGAGAGCGGCGAUGAGAAGGGCAACAUCCACGGCAGCUUCAGCUGGAUCUCCCCCGAGGGCGAACUGAUCGAGGUCAAGUAUGUGGCCGAUGAGAACGGAUACCAGCCCGUCAGUGCCAGUCUGCCCGUUGCUCCCCCAAUCCCAGAGGCCAUCCAGCGCUCUCUGGAAUGGAUUGCUGUCAACGCACCCAAACUUGACCGCAAGAACUAACUGAAUCCUGUAGCCGACAUCAUUCGAAAAUGAUAUGGUGAUGACAAAACUGCCAUUCCUUUCCAUUGUAAA